UGAUUUGAAGUUUCAAUGUUGUGCAAGUUAUGCUCCACUGAAAUAGUGUGUCUGAACAGGACUGAAACAUCUCAACAAAAUAAUUCAGAAAGGACACAGAUCUGCUGCCUGAGAUUUCACUUUCCAUUGGAGGUUUCAUCGUUUAUAACACUGAUCAGUAUGGUUCAGAUUGCAAAGACGCUUAUCUUUCUCUGCAUGCUGAUUGGAUGGUCACAGGCUUUUCCACACCGUGAUGUCACCAGUGAAAAUGAAGCAAUGAAAGAUGCGGACAGGGUAGAUGGAGAACAAAGAGAUGCUAUACUAAAUGUCACUGAUUUUACUCCACCAGUGUGCCAUGUGGUAAAUGACACUUCAGACUGCCUUUUAUCAUGUGGAAAUACAAGUAUGGAAGUGACCUAUAUCAUGACAGAUGGACCUGGUUCAGGAAUAGAUCACACCCGUGUUUCUUCCUUGGGUGGGGCUUCUAGCAUAUUUACUCAAUAUGAUGGACUAGAUGAAAAUGGCUACAAUGCAACCCUUUUUCAUUAUUCUGGGAUCUGCUGCCUUGACGAAGUGGAGGUUUCUGUGCUGGACAAAGCAGGAAACAUAGGAAAGUGUCCUGUUAUUGUAAAACGUGUCAGGCUAUGACUUUAAUUUUCUCAUCGCUCCUCAACCUCAAUAAUGUCUUUUUGGUCAAUACUGAUGGCAUUUAUGCUGUUCUGAGGUGUACGUAGCUAACGUUACAUGAAAAAUGUACUUGUAUAAUUAUUCUGACAAUGCAUUUUUAAGUAGGCUACAGUUAAAGUACUUGAUGAUGUCAACAUCAUUAAGUCAACGCUUUGAUGAAUGCCAUAAUAAUACAUGAAAAUGUGAUUCCUUGCCAGUAUUUUUAAUUUAUUCUAAUUCUUUUUCUGCAUUCAUGUAGUUCCACUAUUUGUGUUGCUGUAGCCUACCAUUAGGAAAUAAAGACAAACUUGUGAAAGUA